AAAAUUAUCUCGAAAAACAAAAAAAGAGUAGUUUAAACUUUAAACUGACUGAAACAUCAAAACAAGCGAAAUAGGUAAAACCCUACCAAAACCCCGCCAUGAAAUUCUUUUCCGCCUGUCACUCCUCCCACCUCCGCCGCUCCCAUCGUCACCGCUUCCUCCAGCUCCGCACCCUAUACGACGGUGUAUCCACCUUGAAAUGGCCCCGAGACCGUGGCCUCGACCACGCAGUGGAGCGCGACAAGCUCCUCAAACCCCUCCUCAAUCUCAAAAACCUCAUAAUCUCCGAGCCGUCGAAAUCGAUCCCGCUUACGCUCAUCACCGAAUCGAGGGAAUCCCUAGGAAUCCCAUUUCGCCCAAUUGAAUUCAUCCGGAAAUAUCCUUCAAUUUUUCAAGAAUUCCAACCGGGCUCCCUCAACAUCCAGCCCCACAUUAAGCUAACCCCUAAUAUAAUUUCUUUGAGCUCUGAGGAAGAUCUGCUUUACCAGAGUGUGAAUUACAAGCAGGACAUUGCGAGCCGCCUCUUGAAGCUGUUGAUGGUAAGUAGGAUAAAUAAAAUUCCGAUUUUUGUGUUGGAGCGUUUGAAAUGGGAGCUAGGUUUGCCUCGAGAUUAUGAGAAGGCUUUAAUUCCUGAGUUUCCGGAUUAUUUUAGGGUGAUUGGUGGGGAUGAUUUAGGGGAAAAUGAAAAAGUGCUUGAGUUGGUUUGCUGGGGUGAUGAAUUUGCAGUUUCGGAGGUGGAAAAGAAGGGGGCAAAGAGUGGAAAGAUUGAGUUUUCGUUUCAGUUUUCGAAGGAGUUUGAGAUGGAUAAGAAGUAUAAGAAGUGGUUGGAUGAGUGGCAGAAGUUGCCUUAUGCAUCGCCCUAUCAGAAUGCAAUGCAUUUGGGGACGAAGACCGAUGAGUCAGAUAAGUGGGUAGUGGCAGUUCUGCACGAGGUGCUUAAUCUUUUUGUUGGGAAGAAGGCAGAGAAGGAGAAUCUGCUUUAUUUAGGAGAGUAUUUGGGGUUGAGGCCAAGCUUUAAGCGUGCGUUCUUGCAGCAUCCUGGGAUUUUUUAUGUGUCGAGUAAGAUUGGAACUCAUACUGUAGUUCUAAGGGAAGCGUAUAAGAGAGGGAUGUUGAUUGAGAGGCAUCCUUUGAUGGGUAUGAGGUCGAAGUAUAUUCAGCUGAUGAAUGUGGUGAAGGAUGAUAAUAAAGCAAAGAAUGCACAGCAGAAGAGUGCUGUUGGUGUGAAGAAAAGUGAAGGGAGUGGUGAAGUGGAGGAUGCUGAGGGCGUGGAGGAAGAUGAUGAUGAAAUGUACAAUGAGAGUGAUGAUUGUGGGGAGGCUGUUGAGGUUGGAAAUGCAAUUGAAAGAGGGAGGCAGGAGACUAAUGGCAGAGUUUCUGAAAGGAGGAAUACUAGAGAUGUGGUUAGGACAAGAGGAAGAGGCACUGAAGAAAUUGUGUUGAAAAGUUCAACAAGGUCUUCUAGGAGAAGAAAUGAUCGAGGUGGUGGAAUGCAUGACAUGUAUGGUGAUGAUGAGAGUGAUGAUUGUGGGGAGGGUGGUGAGGUUGAAAAUGUGGCUAAAAGGGGGAGGCAUGAAAGAAAGGGCAGAGAUUUUGAAAGAAGUGAUGCUAGAAGUGUGGGAAGGAGGAAAAAUGGAAGAGGCACUGAAUCGACAAGGUCUUCUAGGAGAACAAAUGUUCGAGGUGGUGAAAUGGAUGACUCGUCUGAUGAUGAUGAUGAGAGUGAUGAUUGUGGGGAGGCCAUUGAGUUUAGAAAUGUGACUAAUAGUGGGAGGCACGAAGUGAAAGGCAGAGAUUUUGGAAGGAGGAAUAAUAGAAGUGCUGGAAGGAGGACAAAUGGAAGAGACAGUGAAGAGAAUAUGUCGAAAUUUUCAACAAGGCCUUCUAGGAGAACAAAUUUUCAGGAUGAUGAUUCUAAUACUCCCAGAAGAUUUACAAAGAAGUCAAAUUUCUCAGGAAAUAGGACUAGGUCUGAAGCAGGGAGGAGGUCCACAUAGUGGAAACUCAGCUGCUUAACUGAGCAAUUAUAUGUGUUAGGCGACAGGGGUUUCUGUGGUGAUGCCGGUUGGGAAUGUGCCCGCGUUCAUCGUCUAGACAUUUGUAUUUUUGGCAUUAUAAACUGCAUGUUGGAUGUUGACACAGGCUACUUGUAGAAGCUGGUGAUAUGGAAAGUUCCUUGCGCUGGAAAAGGCAAAUAUCAUUAAACAAAGAAGCUUUGGACGGUAUGGGUGGAAUCACUAUUGUCUUAAUUAAUUUCUCUAUUCUUGAACUAAAGUAGCUAACCAAGUGGAAUUGAUAGUAGUCCCAUAAAUAUCUAUGUGAAGCAAUUUUCUCUGCCUUAUGAUUUGCCUCUCAUUUUGCCCACUUUCAUGUUUUAUUAGGUCAAGCACUCUUCUCUCUCCCCCAAUACUCCAAUUCUUGAUUUAAUGUAAUAGUUUCUUUUGAGUUUAUGGGACAGGUCGACGGACAAGAACAUAAAAAAUCUUGGAUUUUAAUGAUGAUGUGAUGAAGGAUGUCAGCAUAUCUAAAAAAGUAGAAGGGCAUAAGCAUGUAAAUCUUUGAUUGCCAAAUAUUCAAAUGGAUAGAAAAUGAAGGUUAUUGGUG